ACACACCACAAAAUGAACAGAAGAAGAUGAAAGUGAAAUCUGCUAAUACAUAACCUAUUAAUUUGCCUGUGAUUGAUAAAAAAAUUGUAAACAUUUUUCCCACAAACAUAUAUCAGAUAUGUACAAAAUUUAGACACUGCAUAUUUCAUUCACUAUUUAUAAUUCUUAGAGAAUAGGUUGCUCAAUUUUUUCAAAUAAUGACUUCAAUUAUUAAGGUUCAUGCUCUCUCUGGGGCUAUGGACGAAUCGCCCCCUUGUUAUAUUCUUCAAGUAGAUGAAGUCAGAAUAUUGCUAGAUUGUGGUUGGGAUGAGAAAUUCAACAUGGAAUUUAUCAAGGAAAUGAAAAGGCAUGUACAUACCAUAGAUGCAGUAUUACUUUCUUACCCUGAUGUGACACACUUGGGAGCUUUACCUUAUGUUGUUGGAAAGCUUGGUCUCAAUUGUCCUAUCUACUCAACAAUACCAGUUUAUAAAAUGGGACAGAUGUUCAUGUAUGAUUUGUAUCAGUCCCAACACAAUAUGAAGGAGUUUUGUAUAUUUUCUCUAGAUGACGUAGAUGCUACCUUUGAAAAAAUCAUACAGCUGAAAUAUAACCAGACUGUUCCUCUGAAAGGAAAAGGGUAUGGUCUUACAGUUACCCCCUUACCUGCAGGUCACAUGAUUGGAGGUACAAUCUGGAAAAUUAUGAAGGUAGGAGAAGAGGAUAUAAUAUAUGCUAAUGAUUUCAACCACAAAAAGGAAAGGCACCUGAAUGGUUGCGAACUUGAAAAACUUCAACGACCCUCUUUGGUAAUUAUUGAUGCCUUCAAUGCCACUUAUCAGCAAGCAAGACGAAGAGCAAGAGAUGAGAAACUGAUGACAAACAUUCUUCAGACACUGAGAAACAAUGGUAAUGUUCUCAUUGCUGUUGAUACAGCUGGACGAGUAUUGGAGUUAGCCCAUAUGCUUGAUCAACUGUGGCGCAACAAAGAAUCUGGUCUUCUUGCAUAUUCUUUAGCAUUACUAACUAACGUUAGCUAUAACGUUGUUGAGUUUGCCAAGUCGCAGAUUGAGUGGAUGAGUGAUAAGUUGAUGAGAAGUUUUGAAGGGGCUCGAAACAAUCCAUUCCAGUUUAAACAUUUACAGUUGUGUCACACUCAGGGAGAGUUGAGCAAAGUUUCCAGUCCAAAGGUUGUGCUUGCUAGUUCAGCAGAUAUGGAAAGUGGCUACUCCAGGGAACUGUUCCUACAGUGGUGUUCAAAUCCUGCCAACAGUGUUAUUUUGACCACAAGGACAUCUCCUGGUACUCUAGCUAGAGACUUAGUGGAUAAUGGAGGAGAGAGGACCGUAGAUUUAACAGUAGAAAAGAGAGUCAGGUUGGAAGGAGCAGAACUUGAAGAAUACGAGAAACGACAGAGAGAAAGAUGUGAAGACGAUGAAACCAAAGAAGAAGGUGAUUCAGAUUCUGAUGAUGACAUUGAGAUGUCAGUCAUUUCGAAAGGCAGGCACGAUAUUGUCAUAAAACAGGAAGGCAAAAUUUCUACAGGGUUUUUCAAAGUAACAAAAAAAAUGUAUCCGAUGUACCCAUUCCACGAGGAAAAAGUCAAGUCUGAUGAAUAUGGAGAGAUCAUCAGGCCAGAAGAUUAUAAAUUAGCAGAUGUGCCUUUAGAAGGAGAAGAUAAUAAAGAAAACUUGGUAGUUAAAAAAGAAGAAGAGGAAAUAACUGAGAUCCCGGAGAUGCCAACCAAGUGCAUUGUUCUUCAAAGGACUGUCCAGGUCAAUUGUCAAGUGCAUUAUAUCGACUUUGAAGGUCGGUCCGAUGGUGAAUCCCUCAUGAAAAUAUUAUCACAUCUUAAACCAAGACGAGUGAUUGUUGUUCGAGGUACUGCAGAGAAUACAGCAGUUAUUGCAAAAUACUGUGAGGAGAAUGUUCAAGUUGCGAGGGUACUUACUCCUGCUAAAGGAGAAAUUGUGGAUGCGACUAGCGAGACUCAUAUCUACCAGGUGCGUCUUACAGAUGCCUUGGUAUCUCAUUUAGCAUUCCAAAAAGCCAAAGACGCGGAAGUAGCAUGGCUUAAUGCCCAAAUAGUCGUAAGGGAGACCCAGGCUGAUGCUAAGAGAAUGAACAUUGAUAAUGAACCAAUGGAAAUUGACGACGAUGACAUGAGGAUACUCACUUUAGAGCCAGCCUCCGAAGAAGAUAAUCAUGAACCCGUAUUCAUAAAUGAACUGAAAUUGGCAGAAUUUAAACAGAUUUUAGCAAGGAGUAAUAUCAGUUCAGAAUUUUCUGGAGGAGUUUUGUGGUGUUCGAAUGGAACUAUUGCGAUACGAAGGGUGGAUCCUGGCAAAAUAAUGCUGGAAGGUUGUAUAUCAGAAGAUUAUUAUAGGGUUAAGGAACUUUUAUAUGAACAGUACGCAAUUUUAUAAAAUGUCCAGACUGUUUUGUUUUUGUCACUUUUAUAUUAAAUGAAAGUCACGUUCAUUCCUUUCGUUUUUCAAAUCAUGCUUGCUAUGCUAUGAUUAUCCGAUUCUGUAAGUAAGAAUAGACUUUUAUUGUUUUUCCAAAUAUAUUUUCGAUGUAAAAUAUAUAAUUUAUUGACUAAA